AUGGCAUGGGCGAUAGAGCUGUCUCAAUAUGACCUGCAAUAUGAACCCAGGCAGGCAAUCAAAGCCCAAGCCAUGGCACAUUUCCUGGUAGAGGUUACAGGGGAGGCUCCCGACGUACUCAGCACACGGUGGAAGCUCCAUGUUGACGGAGCAUCUAACCAAACGUUCGGAGGGGCCGGGAUCAUUCUUGAAAACUCAGCAGGAGUAGCCUAUGAACAAUCAAUCAAGUUCGACUUUCCAGUAUCCAACAAUCAGGCAGAGUACGAGGCCCUGUUAGGAGGGUUAAUACUAGCCAAAGAGGUCGGAGCAUCAAGGGUAGAAGUCAGUAGCGACUCCCAGAUCGUUACCUCUCAGAUAAACGGCAGCUACCAAGCCAGGGACGCACUACUACAAAAUUACCUGAAAAAGAUAGAUCCUAUUUUCCGAUACCUGGAGCAUGGAGAAACACCCCCAGAUGAGAAAGAAGCACAAGCUACCAAGAGGGAAGCCCCCAAAUACGUAAUCAUACAAGGGCAGUUGUACAAGCGAGGGCUCCACCAACCCCUACUCAAAUGCCUGCGCCCCGACCAGACGGACUACGUCCUAAGCGAAGUCCACGAGGGGUGUUGUGAUCACCACAUCGGGGGAAGAUCGCUGGCAAGAAAGAUCAUCCGAGCAGGAUACUACUGGCCCACAAUGAUGUCGGAUGCCCAGGAGUUCAUUAAAAAAUGUAAAAAAUGCCAACAAAAUGCCAACUUCCACAAGGCACCACCCGAAGAACUCAACUUGAUGAUGGCCCCCCGACCUUUCGCCCAAUGGGGAUUCGACCUAUUAGGACCAUUUCCACCUGGGCCUGGGUUCGGAAUUCCAGAAACUGUCAUAUCGGAUAACGGGACACAGUUCACCGACAAGAAGUUCAAAGGAUUUCUAGCAGGAUUAAAAAUCAAACAAAGGUUCUCUUCAGUCGAACACCCCCAAACCAACGGCCAGGUGGAGGCAGCUAACAAAGUCAUCCUAAAAGGGUUAAAGAAGCGACUUGAGGGAAAGAAGGGCUUAUGGGCAGACGAGCUAGCUUCAGUACUAUGGUCUUACAAGACCACCCCUCAAUCAUCUACCGGUGAAACCUCCUUCCGACUCACAUACGGGUUCGACGCAGUCAUCUCAGUCGAGGUUGGGGAACCGAGUCCAAGGGUACUCCUCGGAGGAGGAAGUGAAGCAAUCGAAAAGGAUCUGGUUGAUGAGACAAGGCAAAUGGCGCACCUGGCAGAAACAGCUAUAAAGCAAAGGAUAGCCCUAAGGUACAAUGGCAAGGUGUUAAAAAGAAGCAUGGGAGAAGGUGACUUGGUCUUACAACACAACGACAUAGGGCUACCAACCCUAGGAGAAGGCAAGUUGGCCGCAAACUGA